GAGUCUUACAAAUCCGGAUUUCAAGUCGAUUUUCUCAUGAAGAAGUGAAGACUUUGGAAGUCAUUGGCUGGCUUCAAGCGGUCUACUCGUACUAAAAAACAACCUCAACCUUAUCCAGAAGAUAUCGAGCCGCCUCACCGCGAACGAAGACAUGGUAUGGAUCUCGAAGACAUCGAAGGAAGACGGUAUUCUUGCUUUGGCACUGCCGAACGUCGGAGUCACUCUUCUAGUGUUCUUGCGUCUAACGUGCAAUCCUUAUCUCUGUCCCGCCAAGACUGAGGAGUUAGAGUUAGUUUCACUAUUUUUUCGUCCUGUUUUCGCCAUUUGUAUCUGCGAUGGAACGUUCCUUUAUUCAGUCGUGUAGAGCGAUACCUUACUGUCAUACUUGUAUCUUCAUUCCAUAAUCCAAUGGGGCACGGUCAAUGGCGCCCGCUCCAUUUCCUGUGCUUAUCAGUCGCUGUUCAUCAG